UUUCAUCCACUAAACCUUCAUCAACCACGUAAGGGUAAGUAAAAUAGCCCAUCCACUGAAAGAUUCUAGUGCAUAACAAAGACAUGUGUAUAGUUCAGCAAAGCUUCAGUCAUUGGCAGAAAAGCAACGUCUGGAAGGUUGAAUUUGUUUGCGCUUCACAGGUUUGAGACAUGUAACUUGAGGAUCCAGAGAAAAGAUGUCAGGUCUGUUCGAAAACGGAUCGCUCUUUGGGAUAGGCGACGUCCUACCCACGGAGCUUGUCCCUGACACCAGCACGGAGGCCUACAAUUACAACGCCUCUGGUAAGGAUGAGUUGACCGGCAACCUGUCGCUGAGCACGAGCGGCACUACAGCGGCGGUCGGAGCGCCAGACCUCGGGCCCGAGGCUUAUGUCGUCCCGACCGUCUUCGCCAUCAUCUGCGCUAUCGGCAUAGCAGGAAACGCGCUCGUCAUCUAUGUAGUGUGGAGAUAUCAGCAGAUGAAAUCAGUGACCAACUACUACAUCGUGAACCUGGCCAUUGCCGACAUUGCCUUUCUGGUCUGCUGCGUGCCGUUUUCGGCGUCAGUGUUCGCCACGACGAGCUGGAACUACGGACUGUUCAUGUGCAAGUUCGUCAACUACUUCAUGCUGGUGACCGUCUUAGCGACCUGCUUGACCCUGGCUGCCCUGAGUUUCGACCGCUACCUGGCCAUCGUACACCCGGUCAGCUCUCUGGUCUACCGCACCAAGGGCAAGGCCAAGGCUAUCAGUGCCUGCAUCUGGCUGGGGUCGUUCCUUGCGUCUAUCCCCGUGGCCGUGUACCAGACAGAAGUGAAGGGGUACUGGUACGGACCUCAGACAUACUGCAGACGGCAGUUCCCGAGCCUGGAAGCCGCCCAGGGCUUCAUGGUCUACACCGUCCUGAUGAGCUACGUCAUCCCGCUCAUGGUCAGCGCCACGUCGUACAUCCUCAUCCUGCUGCGCCUGCGCCGACCUGCCGUCCAGCCGGAGGGCAACAACGCCGUGAUCCAGGCGCACCAGGCCCAGCAGAAGCGCAAGGUGGCCAUGAUGGUGGCCACAGUGGUGCUGCUGUUCACGCUGUCCUGGCUGCCGAACCACGUCCUCAACCUCUGGCGCCUCUUCGACCACAACGCACCGAUGACCCCGACUAUCCACUACAUCAAGGUCGUUGCCCUCUGCCUGAGCUACGCCAACUCGUCGGUCAACCCCAUCGUCUACAGCUUCAUGGGGGAAGACUUCCGCAAGAACUUCAAGAAGGCGUUCCCAAAGUGCUUCAAGAUCAACGCCGUGGCCCCCGCCAACGAUCAGCUGCAGCUCGCUGUGCCGGGGCCGAGCGGCAACAACAAGGCGGGCAACGCGACGCCCGACGAGGCCGGCCCGUCCACUCUGAAAACGAGCUCGACUAGUAAAGACAUGCAGACAUCUGCAUGA